CUCCCUCCCUCUCUCUCUCUCACCCUCCCUCUCUCCUUUCUCUUUCUCUCUCUCUCUCUCUCUCUGCUCCAGCCUCCUUGUUUUCCUGCACAGCCCAGCCUCUUCUGCAAGCAUUACCUUUGCAGUGUCUCCCUAUGCUGCAUUACAGCUUCAUCUGUAUUCACUUUUAACUACGAAAGAUCUAAGGAAACCUAGGAGGCAUUUGCUGCAAUCCCCUUCCUUAAUCCUCUGCGCUUUUCUCCCAUUUGCCACUCUGCAGUUGCUCCUUCUGCAAUGCUCUGCCUGGGGAGAAUACAUUAGAAGAUCUCCAUGGCUCGCUGAAGAGUAGCCCACCCAUAGCCCUCUCACUACGCUGACAGCUCCUGAGACGAGCCCUGUGGAGUGCUGGAGCUCCUACACAAGCCUGAGGAGUUAUAAUGACCACAGAGGUGGGGGCUGACACUGAACUUAAUCCUGGGCCGGACAGUCCCGCCCAGGAUGGGGUACAUAAUCCUGCUUUGCUCCCAAAUGACACCCCACAAACGCCGGCAAAUAACAUAGACGGGCCGGGAGCCAGCGAGAGCUUGCGAAGAUCUGCAGAUAGUGAAGAGGGGCUUGAUUCGGCACAAGAUAGAACAACACCCUCCCACAAUCAACGAUCGCCGCAAAAACAGAAUAGGAAACCGAAGAGUGCACUCUGCAGGGUGACACUUCUGGACUCCUCCCACUAUGAAUGUGAGAUUGAGAAACAUGCGCGGGGCCAGGUCCUGUUUGACACUAUCUGUGGAUACCUUAAUCUCUUGGAGAAGGAUUAUUUUGGGCUGACGUUCUGUGACACUGACAGCCAGAAGAAUUGGCUGGAUCCCUCCAAGGAGAUAAAAAAACAGAUCAGAAGUAGCUCCUGGUCAUUUGGUUUCACAGUGAAAUUUUACCCUCCUGACCCAGCACAGCUCACAGAGGACAUUACAAGGUAUUAUCUGUGCCUGCAGCUGCGUGCUGACAUCAUCAGUGGGCGCCUGCCCUGUUCCUUUGUUACACACGCCCUACUGGGAUCAUAUACAGUACAGGCUGAGCUUGGUGAUUAUGACCCUGAGGAGCAUAGUGAAAACUAUGUGAGUGAACUCCGUUUUUCACCCAAUCAGACGAGGGAGCUGGAGGAGAGAGUGAUGGAGCUGCACAAGACAUACAGGGGGAUGACGCCAGCUGAAGCAGAAAUACAUUUUCUAGAGAAUGCCAAAAAACUAUCAAUGUAUGGAGUGGAUCUGCACCAUGCUAAGGACUCUGAAGGUAUAGAUAUAAUGCUAGGCGUCUGUGCCAAUGGGCUCCUCAUCUACAGAGACCGUCUGAGAAUAAACAGAUUUGCCUGGCCCAAAAUCUUAAAGAUUUCUUACAAGAGGAGCAACUUCUAUAUCAAGAUCCGGCCGGGCGAGUAUGAGCAGUUUGAGAGCACCAUCGGGUUCAAACUACCCAAUCAUCGAGCUGCAAAACGCCUCUGGAAGGUUUGCAUAGAACAUCACACAUUUUUCAGGCUGGUCUCUCCAGAGCCUGCCCCCAAGGGCUUCCUAGUGAUGGGCUCCAAAUUUCGAUACAGUGGACGUACGCAGGCGCAGACCCAGCAAGCAAGUGCUCUGAUAGACCGGCCGGCUCCAAACUUCAAGAGAUCCGCCAGCAAGCGCUAUACGCUGUCUCAGAGUGCCGAAGGGGGAAUUUCUAAACAGUCUGCUUUGAAUGAGAAUCAUGAAUCCACCCCAGAGAAGAAUCACAAGACAACUCCGGGAGAGGGAGAAGAAGAGGAAGAAGUGACCACUCCAACCAAAAUCAAAGAGCUUAAGUCGGAGCAAGAGAGCACUCCCCGGCACAAGGAGUUCUUGGACAAGUCACAAGAUGUCCUACUGAAACAUCAGGCCAGUAUUAAUGAGCUGAAAAGAACCUUGAAGCAGCCAAACAGCAAACUAGUUCAUAGAGAACGUGGGCGAGAGAAGAGGCUGCCAUCUUCCCCUACCUCCUCAUCACCCAAACCAGAGGACACAGAAGGUAUCGGAAAAGAAGAGGAAGAUGCAGAUGUUGGUGCUGCCCAGGAUUCCGAGGUCUUCACCCAGAAAAGCUUGGCUUCAUCCCCAGAGGGCAUGGAGCAUUGGGUUUUAAUAGAAAGGACAACAGAAAGAUCUUAUACAUCAUUUGAAGAGGCCCAAAAAAAUCAGUCUGUCCAGAUUUCUGUGCAGGAGUUGUCCUCCAAAAGGGCAGAACACCCCCAGAAAGACCAACCUCAUAAGGAUAGGGAGGAACGAGAAAUGGUGGAUCUACUGGAGGAGAAAUCUGUGAUAAAGGGAGUAGAAAGGAGAAUAAGGCUACCACGGAGAGAAGAACGCCUAGUGAUGGUCACCAGUGAAUGGGACGUGGUAGAAAGCAAAGCAAGAACAGCACCUGAUGGUGCACCUGCUGAAGACAGUAGAGAAUGGGCACUCAGGAUGGAAAAUGGCAAAGUUACUUCCUGGGGAAAAGUUGAAUCAUCAAAUUUGAGAGGAAAAAAUGGAGUGGACGGAGAAGAUACCGGCACAAGAAGGAUAGGGAGAGGAGUAGUUGGAUCAGCAGAAGGCCACCAAGAAAUGGGUAGGACCAUCGUUGAACUUGGGAAAAGCAGACGUGUCAUAUUAUGUGAAGAUGAAGCUGAUGAGAGUGCUGAUGAAACAGAAGGAGAAUGGCACAAUGAGGCCCACUGGGAUGAGCAACAGAAAUCUUUGAUAUGGUGCGAUAGUGCGGGAUACCAAACGAAAGAUGACAACAUGGAGGAUAUGGACAUUUAUGCAACAUCUAACAAACAACAUGGGAGGUUUUUUGUUGUUUCAGAUGACCAAAAGGAGCAGAGUCAGCUAGGAGAGACAGUGACAAAAUUGUGCAGAGAAUACAUCACUACUGAUAUUCUAAUACCAGAUGACCAUAAUGAAGAUUUAUUAGAAGAGGAACAUGGUAGAACUACUCUCAGUACAGAAGAAGCUGGGCCUUCUGGGCUGGCAAAUGAACAAUUGUCCUCAAGUGUACAGAUGACAACUGAAGGGAACACAGAGGACUUACCACUGGAAGACUGGGGUCCACCAGUGCUCCAUUUUAUGUUACCAACCAUCAUUCCACUACCAGUGUCUUUUCCCAGAGAGAGAGGUCACCAAGAAAUAUCCACAGAUAAUAAUCCAAAUGAAAGAAUUCUUCUUCAGCCAAAUCCAGGGCAUCAUGAUGCCCAUUAUUAUGAAGGAGAUGCAAGUCCUGCUGAAUCCACAAGUCACACACCUGGAGACCUCUCCUCUCCAGAUUCAGGCUGUGAAAUAACACUCACGGAUGCAGCGAGUCAACCUCUUGAACCAACAUCCUGGGAGGAAAGGGAUAUCCCAUGUGCCCUCAGAGAGGUCUCCCUGCCGGACCAGGGUUAUAGGAAAUCCGGGAUUGUCCAUUUUCAGAGAGUAAGCAGCAGGGAGGCAGAGGAUGGACGGACAGCAGGUGAUGAAGAACAAGGAGCUGGCCUUCUAAAAGAGAACCAACUAGGCAUUGAGAGGAAGUGUUCAAGCAUAACCGUCAGCUCUACAUCAAGUCUGGAAGCUGAGGUGGACUUCACAGUGAUUGGAGAUUACCACUCCAACGUAGGCUUCGAAGAUUUCACCCGCAGCCUUCCUGAACUGCAUCGAGACCAGGGUGAUGGGGCUGGUGGCACAGAGAAUAAUCCUGCAGCAGCUUCACAGGAAGUACAUGAUGAAGACAAGCAGGAGGAGGUGGCAACUGAGUCACACAAGACUGUAGAGAAAGAGGUCAUCAGCAGCGUGAGUACCGUAAGCUGUACAGAUGGCGACAAAAUCACAAAUAUACAAAUUACUUCCAUGCAAACCACUCAGGUGGAUGAGAAGGAGCCUGUAGUCAGCAGCCAUACUGUCACUUCACACACUGUAACCCCAGCACAGGCUGAGGACAGUAGGACAGAUGCAGCUGGUACAGACGCAGCACGAGCAGGAGCAUCUGCUGAAAGCUCCCAGGCACUGCAAGCAGAUGUCACCCGCACCCAUCAUGUUUCCCAUACUGCCACAGCAGAGACAUUGUCCUCCUCCACAACCACCCACGUAACCAAGACUGUAAAGGGUGGAUUCUCUGAGACAAGGAUAGAGAAGAGGAUAAUUAUUACAGGGGAUGAAGAUGUGGAUCAAGAGCAGGCUCUGGCCAUGGCUAUAAAAGAAGCAAAGUUACAACACCCAGAUAUGCUGGUCACGAAAGCAGUGGUGUAUUGUGAGACAGAGCCCUCCCCCGAGGAGCCUGAAAAGAAACAACAGCAAUCUUGACCUUGGAUGUUGGAUGUGAAUCGUCCCUUUCAUCUUCCUCUCUCUGUCCCUCAAUCAUAAAAAUAAAGACUGUCCCUCCCUUCCCCAAACCUACACCUCAUGCCAGCUGCAAAAUCUCCAAACCGGCAGGGGACAUCCAUGCAAUCAGCAUUUCAUGGCAGAGAGAGAGAGAAAGACUGGUCACCCGCCCGGAGCUGAUUAGCCACCUCCUAAGAGUGAAGGAGGCACUGAGACACUCAUUCUUCUGCAUCUCCCCUUUGCUCGCUCCUCUUCUGAGAAGCAUGCCUAGCAAUGCGUGACUGCAUGUGGCAUCAGCAGGGAUAACUGCAUCGGGACUAUUAGAGAAUUUCAGCUCUGAGUAACUGAAGAGUCCUCUGAAGUAUAUCCUAAAACACUGUCUGGGGCACUCCUGCAACAAAGGGGUUAAUGAUCAAAGCCUCCGCCUUCUUUAUAUAGAAAGUUAGUUACGUCUUAUUCCUCUCCAAUAACUUACAGCCAGAUAAUCACUGAUAUAGAUGCGUAGUGUUGUCUGAUCCUGUCCUGUUAACCUACGGUCAUAAAUGGUUUACCUUCCGUCAGGUAGAGUUCCAGCAGAUCUCGUCUUCUGAUUUCCUGUCCUGCGGCACUAGCAAUAUGGGAAACUCAAGUCAGCAAGCGGUACUGGGCUCUGUCGGCUGAAAGUUCUACAUGAUUUAACCCAUUUGUUGCCAGCUGGGGAGCUAGAAGAUGUCCCUGCUAGUUGGGGGAUAGGCUGAGCCAUUUGUGUGAAAGGAUUUAACUUCACACAGGGGGAGGCCUGACCUACUGCAAUGCUGUGCUCUCCCCCUGUUCCUCCUCCUCCCUGUGCACCGUGAUCACUGCUCUAUAGCCAAUAAAAAACAAAGUCAGUGUGA